AUGAACAAAGUGGAGGUAUCAGUCAUGAAUUCUGCUCGUAUUCUGUUUCUCCAUCUGUUACUGUUAUACACAAAGACCUGUAGUUCUUUACAUUCAAGUGCGUUGUUCAAAUUGUCCAUGUCAGGUAAGUGCUGUAAUGAAAUUAAAAUUUGGAAAGAAACCAAAAGUCGGUCUCACUACAGUAAGAUUUCUUUUUCAUAUCAGGGAAUGUUACACAACUAAAAAGAAGGAAAGUGUUUUAUGAAAAUACCACCAAAAAUUUCAACUUUAUCUGAAACAAAAAUAUGCGAUUAAUCUCAAAUUAUUAGGGAGCAAAUCAAUCCUGUGGUUUUCAGGUUCCAAAAGCGUGCUACUGUUUUACUGCUUUCGUAUCGGUUAGAAUGAGUCGAUAAACCUUUCAUCGACUGCUAUUUGAGGGACCAGGGCAUGCCCCCCUCUUCCCUUUGCAAUGGAAAGAUCCCAUAACUAAACCAACUUUAUUUAUACUGGGUAACCCUAUGAUGUUCCAAAAAAUGCUGUUCCAUACAGUUUUAUCAGUCUUAAAAAAUAAUGUUCCAUACAGUUUUAUGAGUUUUAAAAAAUGAUGUUCCAGCUUGCAUCUGCCAAGAGUUAGAACAGAAAUCGGGCGAAGAAAUCUUUUUACUAUGAUGGAGAUAAGGUUUUUAAUCCGUUAUGUCACAGUCUGUCCUAGAUACUUUUAAUCUUUCAAUGGAUUUUAACUUAAGUAAGAUAUUAUAAUCAUAUCAUAGUUAAUAGUCUGAAAGUAGUGUAGUUUUAUAACAUAAUUGAUAGAUUGUACUGUAGAGCGUAUUGUAGUUAUAUAGGGCUCUCGUUGAUAACAGACCACUAGUUGUGGUCUGAUGAGACCACCCUAUCGGAAUAAAAGUUUUAUCUAUAUAUCUCUCUAUGUAUAAUAGAACACAGAGAAAAUCAUGCGGUGUUUAGCUCAGUCGAGCAGAAUUUACUCUUCUCAUCUUACACGAUCGAGGUGUAUAUAUAGCCUACAACUAUAAGUGCGUUCUGCCGAAUUAUAUUUGCGUCUCUGAUAUUUUUCUUUAAAUUUUCUCCAGGUCACCGUCUAUGCGAUCAUGUAAUCAGUGAACACAACACGCUGAAUUUCUUAGAAUGUUCUCUGUACUGUCUCAGAAAACCUUCUCACUGUAAAUCAAUCAAUUACAAAGCGAGAAAACAUCAACAUCCUUCUAACAACUGCCAGCUCAACAACGCCACGAAAACAACGCAUCCUCAGAAUUUGCUGCCUGAUAAAAACUAUGAUUAUUAUCAACCGCUCAUGGAAAAGGUAUUUUUUAUAUAGAUUUUCUAUGAACAACGAACAUGCAACAAGUAUUACUUUGACUAUUAAGCAUGCCAUAAACGUUUAUGUUUUUUUAACAGUAAACGAAACUGUACAGUAGCUAUUUAAGAGCGUUAUAUUUAUUGGUAUAACAUAACAUUUUCAAAACUAAUUAAAUUUGUUUUCAAUUGCAGAUAAUAGAAAAAAAUAGAAAAAGUAUAGAACAACAAGAACAAGUAGAAGGACCUGUAAAUUAUGGUAAGAUGACUUGAAACAAAUUUAUGUUUACAAACAGGGGAAUCGUUUAAGCUAAAGGUGGCUCUCUAUACAAUUUAAAAAUAGGAGAAAACCAUGAAUUAGAAAUUUUGUAGAAUUCUGUAGAAUUUUAUUUAUAAUUGGUCAGAUAGUUUAUUGUACUACAAGAAAAUGUUUUCCGAGUCAAAAAAUGGGGGCAACCAGGCGUUUUUUUAUGUAGAGUGCGUUAAGAGCCAAAAUAUUUGCCAUCUUGAUUAGCAAAAAGUUGUGCUUAGAUUAGCAAACUCGGAUUUAUUAAUUUACUUUUUCUCAGCAAAAAGUUGUGAUGACCUGUACAAAUCAGGCAAGACAACUACCGGAAUGUACACAAUCGACCCGGAUGGCCUGGGAGCUUUUCCUGUUCGUUGUGAUAUGGAAACCACUUCAGGGCGGGGCUGGACUAUAUUCCAAAGACGUGUGGAUGGUUCUGAGGAUUUUUACAGAGGCUGGACUGACUACAAAACUGGAUUUGGCAAUUUGUCUGGUGAAUUUUGGCUUGGUCUGGAUAAGAUUCAUCGCCUCUCAGCCAGUGGGCAGAAUGUACUGAGGGUUGAUCUCGAAAGUUUUGAAAACGAGACAGCUUAUGCAGUUUAUGAAUCAUUUUCUGUCGGGAAUGAAAGCGAAGCUUACAUUUUGAAUGUUGGUAACUACUCAGGUAAGUAAUAAUAAUUAUUAUAUAGACAGCUACCAGAUAUAAGCUAUUCUGCAAUCUGAUUGGCUCUCUACUAGCAGGCAGGAUAUUAGCUCGUAUCUUGAUACACACGCAAAAAUCUCACAUCUUGUAACAAGUCUGCCAACAAGCCGUCAACAAGAUGUAUUUGCACUGCUUGUCACAAGUUGUCAACAGGUUUGGAACAACUUGUUGACAACUUGUAACAACCUUGUCGAAAUUAUCAGACUUGUAAUUGCAAGGUUGUUCUGACAAGUUCGUUACAUGCUUGGUAUAACAAGAUUGUUACAACCUUGUGUUGACAACCUUGUAACAUUCUUGUUAUAUCAUGGCUGUAACAAACUUGUUAGCACAGUCUUGUAACAAGGCUGAUGGUGCCAUCAAGCAAACUCAAUAAACAACUAGAGGGCACUCAGAGACUGCAUACCUCCGCCCGUUACUCGGAAGUGAAAGGCAACCUUGGAAUUUCCUAAGAAAUCCACUUUACAAUUCUUAAGCAUAAAAGAUUUCAGGCCCCCGCGAAUUGAAAUCGAAUUGCUAAUAGAACAUAUUACUGUUGUUGUACUGUACAGUACUUGUAAAAUAAAAACUUUCACAGUUGUGCUAUUUUAAAUUCCCAGGCAGCUAAAAUCUUUUGUCUUUAAAACAAUGUCGAUUUCUUGGGAAAUUCCGAGGUUGCGUUCUUUUUAUACACCCUGUAUUGAAGUAAUCUAAUGUUGUUAGAAUUUGAAUGGACUGGCACUUUGCUGAACGUAAUAAUGCGUAACUCCGUAAGCCUUGUUUUGGACAUUGAAUUUCGGUCGCGUGAAAUGCAACUAAGACAAUAGAUAAUGAAGGCCGAAGCUUAAUGAGGUUUAUCAUCUCAUUAUUGUCUUAGCACUGAGUGCAUAAAUUAUACACGUCCUAAUUACGCAUUCAGUAAUAUUUUUUGUUAAUUGACCGGGAAAAGCAAGACAAAAUUUUGUUCAUUUCUUGUUCAAUUUUUAACCAAAUUCAACCAAAUUUUAAUCAGUUCUUCCUUAGCCGAUUGGAAAUGCAUUCAAAAAAUUUCGUACGGAUAUGUUUGGUAUUUCUUGAGUUAUCGUGCUCACAGACAAACACACACACAUACACACACACACACAUACACACACACACACAUACAAACCCAGAUGAUUACAUAACCUCCUGGCGGAGGUAAAAACCCAGAUGAUUACAUAACCUCCUGGCGGAGGUAAUAAAAAAUGUAAAGUUACUUUCGGAAGCUUAAGGUGCCUCAAUACAGUUUUUGAAAAUGGAAAAUUUGCGACUUAGAUGCGUAUUUUUGGACAAGUGUUACUUGUUGAAAAGACAAGGGCAGAUUUCGUGCUCGACCAAUCAGCGCAUCUGUUUACAUUUUCGCUCUCAGCUAAUCAUAAUGCAAGAAACGCGAAAUUUACACCAAGGCGAACUAGAAAAUAUUGCCGUUUUCUCGGGCUUCCGUGACAUUCAAUUUUAACUUUUUUAAUUUAAAACCAAAAGAUUAUGAUAUAGCACAUUAAUAUCGACCUAGAACGGAAAAUAUCCAUGUUUGAAAUUUUUCCCUAUGUCGCGUAUACAAAUUUGAGUAAUCUAAGGCCCGUUUCAGACGCCGUACUCUUCAUGUGCCGAACUUAAUUGUAUUAGAUGCGACACAAGAACGGCAGUGAUUCAAUCGGCGUACCAAAUACAAUGUUAUUGACAAGGUCCGGGGCGCAUUCGCCAGCGAAGCCUAAAUAAAAUUCAAAAUAAAUAAGUUUCUUUUUAGACUAAAGUUGAGUUAAGUUUGGCACAUGAAUGGAGCGGCGUAUGAAUCAAUGUCGCUCCAACGUCGCAUAAUGCGGCAAGCUCUGCCGAACUUGUGUCGAACUUUUGCCGCUCCAAAUUCUGCCGUACUUGAUUGAUUCAUACGUCGCUCUUCUGCCGUACCUAAUUCAUGAAUUAAGUUCGGCACAUGAGAAGUACGCCGUCUGAAACGGGCCUAAUUUGACUGCAAUAAAACUAAAAAAUGCUAUAUUUUCUCUGCUUUUAGUUUUUGCUGCAAAACUCUUUUUCGCUCUUGUUGCAAAUUGUUUUGGUCAAUGUUUUAUUUCAAAACCUAGACGAUAACGCGUUUAUAGCGCCUGAUUUAAAAAAAUAUCUGAGUCGCAUGCUCACGAUCAUACAGGAAAUCAAUACAAAAAUAUUGUCCGACCGAUUUUGCAGAAAAUCAGUCUCUCGAUCUAGGUUAUCUUCUAGGUUAUGAAAUAAUACAUUGACCAAAACGAUUUUCAACAAGAGCGGAAAAGAGUUUUCCAACAAAAAACGUAAAGCAGAGAAAUGUAGAAAUUUUUAGGUUUAUUGCAGUCAAAUUAGAUUACUCAAAUUUGUAUACGCGUCGACAUAGUGAAAAAUUUCAAACAUGGAUAUGUUCCGUUCUAGGUCGAUUGUAAUGUGCUAUAUGAUAUAUCAUAAUCGUUUGGUUUUAAAUUAGAAAAGUUAAAAUUGAAUGUCACGGAAGCCCGAGAAGACGGCAAUAUUUUCUACUUCGCCUGUUGGUGUAAAUUUCGCGUUUCCUGCAUUAUGAUUAGCUGAGAGCGAAAAUGUAAACAGAUGCGUUGAUUGGUCGAGCACGACAUCUGCCCUUGUUUGUUCAAAAACAAAAAGCACCUAUCUUAUGUAAAACAACAUCCAAAGAGUUUGAAUUUUUGAACAAAAGUUACGCAACUGCCGUUGCUAUGGCAACAAUGGCGUUUCAAUAUGGCGGAUAUUUUGGCUUUAAAGCAAUUUAACUCGAAAACGACAUAGGGGAGCCCCAAAUUUUAUGUCAUAAAAUGGUUUGUCUUAAUUUAUUGAAUUACGUUGGCAAAUGAAAAAAUAUUCUGUGGAGCCGAAAUUUUUUAAAUUACGUGAAGAUGAUUGUUCAUAAUAAUUUUUUUUGGCUCCACAGAAUUUUUUUUUAAUUGUCAAAAUAAUUGAUUAUACUAAGGAAAAUAAUUUUUAAAUAAAAUUUGGGGUCACCGAUGUCGUUUACCGAGUUAAAUUACUUUAAAGCCAAAAUAUCUGCCAUCUUGAAACGUCAUUGUUGCCAUAGCAACAGCUGUUGCGUAACUUUUGUGCAAAAAUUCAAACUCUUUAGAUGUUGUUUUAUGGAAGUAAGGUACUUUUUGUUUGUCAACAAGUAAUUAUAUUGUCCGAAAAUACCCAUCUAAAUCGUGAAUUUUCCUUUUUUUUAAAAUUAGAUUGAGCCACCUUAAAGGAAAUAACACUGAAACUUUAGUAAAAGUAAAACCCAUCCGGGCCUACCUAGCUACACGUGACAUACAUUCGGUGACUUGAUUGGCUAAAAUAUUUAUGAAUUAUUGAGUUUGUGACUUCUUGCUGAAUAUUUACUUCACAGGGACAGCAGGAGAUUCGUUACGACUAAACAAUGGCAUGAAAUUCACCACUAUAGACGUCGACAAUGAUGUGAAUGGGAAUAAUAACUGCGCUACAAACAAAAAAAGUGGAUGGUGGUUUGAGGGAUCUCAGAAAUGUUCGUAUGCAGACUUGAAUGGUAAAUAUCUCGGAGGUGCUCACAACCAAGGAAUGAAAGGCGUUUUCUGGUUUGGCUUUACAGGAGAAAAUUAUUCUUUAAAGAGCAGUGAAAUGAAA